AUGAGCGAACUCACAGAAGAACUUUCUAUCCCGGAGAAUGCUCAAGACUUGUCGAAACUGUUGCGUUCAACGAGCACAGAACCAUACCAAAUUGCCCAGAUAGUUUCAAAAUUCGAUAAACUGAACGUCUACUUCCCAAACAAAGAGAUUUUUGUCCUAGAUUUACUUAUUGAUAGGCUUAAUAAUGUAAAUUUGGAUGAUUUUAAGACUAGUGAACACACUUGGGUCAUUAUCAGAAAAUUACUUGGAGCCAUCGAUGAUCCAAUAUCAAUAAAAAAACUACUCAAAAAAUUAAAAGUUGUCUCUAUAAUGAUAAAAACUUUCCAAUUGUGGCCCAAGGACAAACUGAGCAGUAGCAGCUCGUUUGUAAAAGCAUUUUUUUCCAUUAAUAGCUAUUUAAUAGUGAAUUUCUCCGUUGAGGAAUCUUUUCAACUUUUAGAACAAGUAAUAAAUGGGUUAAGUUCAUGUCCGACCUCUGAUGCUGCGUUUUCGUACUUACAAGACGCUUGCAAUCUGACCCACAUUGACAAUAUUAUCACAGCGGACAACAAAGUUGCCAUCGCUUACUGUAAACACAUGUUACUACCAACUCUGAACUAUUUUUCACAGAUUGAACAACCUGCAUAUUCAAAUCAAUCCUCCAUUCGCCUGUCUAAUUUUAUUGGCAAAUUCCUUCUACAACCACGCGUAGAUUAUAUGAAAUUGAACGAAAAGUUUGUUCAAGAAAAUGCAUCGGAAAUUACUGACGAAAUGGCCUACUAUUAUUUUGCUACUUUCGUCGAUUUUCUGGCGAAAGAUAAUUUUGCUCAGCUGGAAGCUAUAUUUACCGUUCUGGCUGCCAGAAAACCUAGUUUAAGAUGCAGAUUUUUGGCUCUUUUAUCCGAAUCGAAAAAAACUCUAUCUCAAGAGUUUCUUGAAAAAUUGCUACUCGAAGCCUUAAAUUCCAGUAAUGAACCUGGAGUAUCAUUAUUGAUACCAACCAUUUUGAAAUUAGAUAUCGAAAUUGCCAUCAAACACAUCACCCGUUUACUUGAAUUUGUUCAGCUGGAACAUGCUACCAGUCCUCUCUUCGGUUCUCGUAUUUGGGAUUUAAUAAUCCAGUCGCAUGCGAAUGCAAGAGAAUUAGCAGAUUUUUUCGCUAGAAUUAAUGAGUACUGUUCCGCAAAAGGACCUGACUCUUUUUUUUUAGUAAGUAGUUCUGCAUAUGUCGAGUCAAUAACAAAACGGCUGUUUACGUUAUCUACAUUGCAAUGGAAGAGGUUAUCACAAACUUUGUUCGAUCAGAUCAAUCAUAGUUCUACCAAUAGCGUUCCUUUGUACCUAAUAUGCAUAUGUUUGAAAGGACUGUCAGGAAGUGUAUCUCAAACGACUCUUGAUGAAUUAAAGCCUAUUGUAUCUCAAGUAUUUGCUUUGGAAUCUUUUGAUAACAGUCUUCAAUGGGACUUAAAAUACAAUAUAAUGGAAGUAUAUGACGACAUCGUCCCUGCAGAGGAGUUAAAGAAAAUCGAAUACAUAUUCUCCUCUAAUCUUUUUGACAAUACAUCAGGAAAACUUGAAGAAUUGUUCUUUUAUUGCUUUAAACUGAGAGAGUAUAUGUCAUAUGACCCUACUGGUGUCAUUGAAAAGUUCAUGAAGCACUUUGAAAAUCUUGAUGAAGAAACUAGAUCCAGCCUAUCAUUUUCUAUUGUGUCCAAAUUUGCAACUUUUAUCAACAACAACUUUACAAAGGAGCAUAUCUCCUCGUUGAUCCAGUCCUUUUUAUCAAACUCGAAAAAUUUGUGUCAGCUAUUAGACAAUGAUGACAUUUUCGAAGAGGCAAAUAUCACACAUGCUAUAGUAAGCAAGCUGGCUUCUUCAUACAACCAGCCUUUCGCUUUAGACGCUUUGAUUCAAAUUCCUAUUCAAUGUAUCAACAAAAAUGUAAGAGUGGCCAUUAUCAACAAUCUUAUGGACAAACCUCUUUGUUUAGAUGUUGGUGUCCAAAAAUGUAUUCUCCAUUUAUUGUCAAGUCCGACCUUUAAGUCUAACAUUGAGACAGAUUUUCUUGAGUUAUGUGAGAAAACAAUAGUGAUUCCGGAAAUGGCCAUUUCAGGAGAGAAUAACGAAGAAACGGAAAUGGAAGGCAGAGUAUCCAUUUUUGAAAAAGUUUGGACUAAUCAUUUGUCGCAGGCAAAGGAGACUGUAAGUGAAAGCUUCCUGGAAACUGGAUAUGACAUCAUCAAAAAGACAAUGCUAUUGCCAGAUGGCGAUAGUAAGCUCAUUAUUGCUGGAUUUACUGUCGCAAAGUUUUUGAAACCAAAUAACCAGCAUAGGGGCGUUCAAGAUAUUGUAGUAAGUUAUGCCGUGAAGAUUAUGGAAAACUAUUCACAACAGUUUGACGCUAGAACAAUUCCACUCCUCAGAACAUCUAUGGCUGCAUUGUACGAUAUUGAAACGGUCGGACAAGGCAAUAUUUCUAAGCAUAAAGAAAACAUUUUGGCAAUAUUUUCUAAAAUCAUACGUCAAUAUCAUUCUAACAAAUUGUACCACUCAAAAGAAGAGCAAGAAAUGUUCUUGGUUCACUCACUUCUUGCGGAGGAUCGCUUGGAAUACAUUUUUGCGGAGUAUCUGAAUAUCAACCACACAGUUACGUGCGAUAAUGCCUUGGGGUUCUGCUUGGAUCAAAGUCUCGAGAAAGGUCCCGAUCCUUUCAAUCGUCUUCUUUGGAAUAGUGCUGAAUCGUUCUCCACCAUUAAAAAAGCUUGUGCUGAGAAAUUUGUAAGAAUGUUCAUUACAAUUUCAAAAAGAAUCACAAGGCACAAUAUUCUUGGGCAUCAUCUUUUUGUGUUGGCUUUACUUGAAGCUUAUACUAGUUGUGAUGUCGAAAAGUUUGGCUAUAGGUCGUACUUGCUGUUGUUCAACGCUAUCAAGGAAUUUUUAGUCUCGAAACCUUGGUUGUUCUCCCAAUAUUGCAUUGAGAUGUUACUUCCUUUUUGCUUAAAGACCAUUUCCCUAACAUUAAACCAUGAGUCAACUGUGGAAGUCAAUGAAUGCUUUAUUAAUAUCAUUGAAGUUAUAGACCAUAUAUUAUUGGUUCACAGGUUUAAGUUCUCCAGUCGCCACCAUUUAAUAAACUCCGUUCUUUGCCAUCUACUGGAUGUAAUAGCAAUGUAUGAUGGUACAUUCUCUACGGAAUCAGCGAAUGCCGUAGCCAGAUUAAUAACAAACUAUUGUGAACCUUAUAAUGUAUCAAAUGCUCAAAAUGGGUCGAGCAACAACUUAAGCUCCAAGAUAAGUUUAAUAAAACAAUCCAUCAGGAGAAAUGUUCUUGUUGUCUUAACUAAGUAUAUUCGAUUGUCUAUUGCCACGCAGUUCAAUUCAAACAUCAAGAAAAACUUACAACCUGGUGUCUAUGCAAUCUUUGAUAUAUUAUCUCAAAACGAGCUAAGUCAAUUAAACGCUUUCCUGGACGCACCUGGGAAACAAUAUUUCAGAGCGCUCUACGUUCAAUACAAAAAGACCGGUAAAUGGCGUGAAGAUUAA